AUGGUGUAUAGGAACUCAAGGGCCAAGGUCAGAAUUGAAGGUGAACUUUCUGAUAGUUUUUUAAUUGAAACGGGAGUAUUGCAAGGUGGAAGUCCAUCUCCUAUCCUAUUCAGUAUCUUAUUUGACUUUACUAUCAGAAAAGUAGUAGAAGAAGCCGGUGUGGAUGGUGUUCAGUUGUCGUAUGGAAGUAAUGAUUUUUAUCAUGGUGCACGUGAAAAUCAUGAGAAUUUCAAUAUUUUGGCUUUACUCUAUGCCGAUGAUCUAGUGGCAAUGUGUGAAACAGCUGACGAUCUUGAGACUUUCACACGAACUUUUGAAAAAGUUACUCAAGAGUUUCAGUCGUCAAGAAAACAUGUCUUAUGA